AUGAGCACCGUGUCAGAAAGCCUCUCAAUCCUAGCGCAAGUGGAUAUAGCGCUGGCUUGGAAAUCACAAGCCGCUAUUUCUCUGCUGGUCCAUCGCGUCCGAGGUCUCGAUGCGCAAUUACUGCCGCAAGUAUGGUUUCCAAUCUCGCCAAUCAACGUAACUGGAGCGGUCCUGGACGACUGUCUGCGGACAUUGUACACGGCAUCUGACGAAGAGCUCAUGCCUUUUCGAGCCACGAUGGAGUAUUCGAUCUUCACGCGAUUUCGAGUUCUACCCUACGUGCAUUCGUUGCUUCCCAAUGAAGAUCUACCAUGUCACACGUACUUGACUAACGUGGCCGAAAAUUUGGCGUAUCGCUUGUACUUUUACAGCUCUAUAUGGACUCGGUCUCUAGUCCAGUUGUCUCGGGCCCAGAAUAAUGGAGCACCACUUUUGGGGUCCAGAAAUUUGUCCCCAGAGGAUUGCUUCCGUUUGGUGAUUAUAAGUCGACGCCACGCCUUGAGAUACGUGCAGCUCUUUCCCGAUGCCCCCUUGAUACCAGAGAGCAGUGAUCGACGUCACACACAUGUCAACGCGAAACUACUAGCUAUUGAAAGAGGUCUAGACUGUCCCGGUAUUUCCCUCAUUAUGUUUCUGGACGUUCGCGAACUGUUGGAUAUGAGAGCCCGAGAUAUCUACCAAAUGAUUCAACUUCUCGGAUUGUUCGGGCGAUUCCCAGAAGUCACGAAGGCUGCGUGCGGGCUCAGCUCCGAUUUACAUAUUUAUCAAAAGGACUACGAUCUGAAGAUAUAA